UUAAAUGCCCGAGUCACACAGUUCCACACUGAGCAGACCAGGCUGAGACAGAAAGGGCUGAGGGGAGCCAGAGUACAGAGGGCUCACUGUGAGCAAAAAGAAAGAGAAAUUGACUCUCAAUAGACAGUGUAGGUAGGCUGGGAGACUAUUCAGGCUAUCCACACUGAUGAACACGGGCGGGAGAUAAACAGACAGAGAGGGCGAUCGUCAGCCAGUAGGAGGGCUGGCACCACGAGACCGGCGGGCGGACGGCAAUACCGGUGGCGACAGUGUAAUGGAGAGAUAGGUUCCACGAUGACGACGACAGAGGGAUGAAAGGGACGCCGAAAGACGGGGAAAAAGAGCGGUCAGGAUGACGGAACAAGACCGAGUAAGCCAAGCCUCCAGCCUUGCUACAAUUUCAUCUUUUCCUGUCCGACACAAGGCCGGAGACUGCAAAGUGCAGAACUUUGGGAAAAGGAGCAGAGCCGUGAAGAGAGACCCCAACUGCCCAGUGGUCAUCCGGGGCUGGCUCUACAAACAGGACGGUUCUGGACUUAAACUGUGGAAAAGAAGGUGGUUCGUUCUGUCGGACUUCUGUCUGUUUUAUUACAAGGACAGCAGAGAGGAGUCUGUCUUGGGCAGCAUUCCACUUCCCAGCUACAAGAUCCUCUUCUGCACACCCAGGGAGUGCAAGAACAGAAAGUAUGCAUUCAAAGCAGUACAUCAGGGAAUGCGUUCCUAUUUCUUCAGUGCUGACACCCAGGAGGACAUGCUGGGCUGGGUCAGGGCUCUCAGCCAGUCAGCAUGCAUGGAAUUGGAGAGCUCCCUAAACAGGCGAUGUUCCAGUUACCAUGAUUUCACACAGAUAGGGGGCAGCAGUGAGUCACUCAGUCUCUGCCAAGCGACUUUCAUGAAAAACUGCCCAGCCCUAGCUGGGGUACAAGGCACCGAGACUCUGAAUGAGGCAAGCCACCCAGAGAGGGGAAGAGAUGGGACACCACGGCUGGAGCAGAAAGGGAAACACAAGGCCUUGAGACACAGUCCAUCACCAAAAACUUCAACUCCUACAACCUCUGGUGUGCAGAGGAGACGCGGUCAGUCGCUGAACCAGGACGGAAAUGAACUAGACAGCCUUCCCUUCUAUUCCAGCGGCCAAACACCACCACCCAGCCUGAAAUCUACAGGAUCUAGACCUUUAACACCUAGAGGUCAACUAGGGUCACGGCCCCACACUCCAGUGGGCAGAGUGGACAUUCGACCUCAGGAUGAACCCCAGCUUUCAAGUUUAGGCUCCUCCCCACCAUCCCCCAUAUGGGAUUUUACAAGUUCUCUCACUCCUACUGUAGAAAAAAAGUACAUGCAUGGCAAGUCGGCAUCAAACUCUUCAUCCCCGUUUCACAUCCCUGUAGUGCGAAGACCUGCAGGAAAGGCCAACUCUAAUGUGGGGCAGGCUGGUUUAUUACCUCCUCUACCCCCACCAAGAAUAACCACAGCCCCUACCCCACAUCACCAGCACCACCACCACCGCCACCACCACCAUCGCAGCCCUAUGUCUGUCUGUGUGCUACAGCCAGCUAUGAAUACCGACUCUGACCUGUACCAAGAGAGAGAGCAGCCCUCGGUCCGGCCCCUUGAAAGUGACGUUGAUACCAUGCUGACAAGACUCUGUGGCUGUGACAAGCUGCUCCAGGCUCUCUCCGUGGAACUGGCUCAGCUUCAAGCAGAAAAGGAUAACGUGCAGUGUGCUCUGGAGAUGACCAGGCUGCAUCUCGAGGACUGGAAGGGUCAAGGGACCCGGGGUUUAUGCUCCAAGAGGAACGAAGUGCUGUCGCAAAAGGUCCUGUUACAGGAGGAACUGGUCACUGUCAGGGCCAGAUUGUGUGACGUAUCCAUGGAAAUGGAGAGGGUGUGGAGUCAGUAUGAAAGGCUGGAGAGUGAGCUCUCCAUCUUCCAUUCGCACCUCCAGCACAUCUGCCGUUUCGGGAGACCACAGGAGCAGGCGCAGGCACAGAGGGAGCUCUGGAUGAUGGAGGACAUUCUCUGUGGCCUCAAGGCCAACAGGAGCAACUUCCAGCUUAUCCUGGGAUCGCAGAGGCAAACAGUGCCUUCCCCAGUUCUCCAGAAGCCUGUCCUGCAUGCGGACUCGGUGCUCGGCCCUCAACCUGACAGAUCACCAAAGGGAGCAUCUGCAGGGGUGGAGUCAGAGCCCCCACCCCGCCCACCUUUACCUCAGGGGCUUCAGGAGUCCAAUGAGAGCAGAGAGGUGGGACACAGCUGGCUGGAGAGCCAAUCAGAACUGGAGGUCUUCUACAAUGACCUGUCCUCCCAUCCUCGGUCAUUAGAUCGAUCGGGACACAGUCUCUCUGUCCUGCCUGGGAAAAUACAGCAGACUGAAGUUAUGCCAGCUCCAGUAACUGGUCUUACUGCCUCCUGCUGGUCGACGCCAGAUCCAACAGCCAAGAGAGCUAGGAUGAGCAAGGAGGAGCAGGUCGAGAGGAUGAAAAGGAACCAGGAGAGACUGUCCGGUCAGAAGAAAGCAUCCAUGGCCAGUCACACCAGCCACAUGCAGCGUGGGGGGUCUUCUCCUCCUGCGGAAGAGUCUCCUUUCCCUCUGAGAGUGACUCGGGUGGUAACUGCAAUCCUACCAUCCACCCUGGUCGCUCGGCGUGUGUCAGUAGAAGACCCCCCUCCUGAACUGGCUACUCCUUUUCCAGAGCAGAUCUUUCCAGAAGCUCCUCUCUCGCUAACCGACCACAAUAAAAAGCACCUGAACAAGCUGAGAGAGCGGCUCGCGGAGAAGACGGACCAAAAUUCCAAUUGGCCGCAAGAAGAGCCGGCAAAAAACUUCCCGGAUGGAAAACUGCGGCGGGAUCUGUCAGAAGACGUGUCUGAGAAGAAGUCCAGUUUGCUGCUCAAAGCAAACCGGCACAAGCGUGGUGUGAAAGACGGGGCCUCUUCUCAUUUACUUAGUCAUGAGCAGCUUUACACUCUGUACACUCCAACUGAGGUACACCCCGAGGACGCUUUAACAGAGCGGUCCAAAUCCGAGCUCGUCGCAGGUUUCAGGUCCGACGCGUGUGAGCAGGAAGGUUCCGGAUCUGAUCUCCACGCAGGAGCGGAAGGAGCUUCCGUCCCCUCUGGAAACAUGCGAAGGGAGAAGGUUGGACCGCAAGCAUCGCUGCCGGCUCCGGAUGCUGAACACGAUCUCUGCUUGACCCGCGAACAGAGGGAAGCGAAACUGAAGCGGGUGGAGAGGAUCAGAGAAAGGGUCGCAAAAAGUGCAGCCAGAGAGAACAACGCGCAGCCCUUCUGUCAGCGGACGGGGGGCAACCGGGAGGGACGCCUCAACCUGUCCCUUCCACUGGUGAAUGAGGACUCAAAAAAGAACAAGGAAAUCACUGGAACUGAUGAGGAAUGCCAGUACACCGACGGGCUGGACUGUGGAAGCAGUUGUCAUAGUGAUAGGGAUCCUGACCUUAGUCUAAGUGUGACAACUGAACCCAAACCCUCCAGAAUCCCAUUUCAUGAUGGCAGAAGCCGAGGAAGAGCCAAGAAAAGUGACUUUGAUGUGAAAUACUGCGGAAAGACACCCAUCGACAGUCACAGUCAUCUGAGCGAAGACACAACAACUCAAAGUAAAAGAUUCGCUCAGAAGAAAUUAACUGCAUCCAGGCAUCACAUCACUAAGCUGGCAGUAUUUCCAACAGAUGGAAGCCUGGAAAAAGCUGAGCAUUACUCUUCCCGUAACAUAAAAUGUGAAACAAAAGAGAAAGGUGUAAACUCUGCCAGUCGUUUUAACAAAAAGCGGACAGAAUGGUUCCUUUCAGCCAAUCAGAGAGUAGAAUUUAUACCUUUAGCCAAUCAAAACGUCGAAUCAGUUUCCAAUGAGAAUAACACAAAUCAAGACCUGCGCAAUAAAGGCUCUGACUUACUAUGUGAACAUCCAGCCAUGAACAGUAAAAUUAUGGAGUUUGCCUUAUCCCCAUUCAAUCAAAAUUUGCCAGAUGUCUCAGACACAAAUGGAAAGGCCAUUUCCCUCAAUUGUCCCAAGCAAAAAAAAGCGACACCAGAAGAUUCCUCAACCAGUCUAACGCUAUCAGAUGAAAAUCUAGCCCAUGAUGACCAAAGCCUUGUCACAACUGAGAAAUUAACAUCUGAAAUUAAAUCAGAAGAAAAUGCAUCUAUAGUCAUAGAUGAAUCAGCAGCAUCCUUAAACAAGAAGUAUUUGCAACAAUCAAAACAUGAAGUUAUGUCUCAAAUAGAGGUCACUAGUGCAGAGAGACAGAAAAACCACAAAUGUGAUGAAACUGAAGGAUGUAAUCUCACUUCUAAUAUGAACGGCACCCAUCCAGAAUUGCUGACAGACCAAACAAUUACCACUUAUGCUACAGUUCAGUUCAUAUCACCAAGCAGUACAGGUUCUAUUCAAAAUGAUGAGAGUAACACUCAUUUCACUUUAGACGACUCUAUCCAUGAGGAUAACUCUGCCAAGACCAGUCAAGAUUUGAGACUGGUAACCAAACCUCUAAAAGUUGCUCAUAUUUAUGAGGAAAUAACUUAUAAUAGUGCAUCCUUAGAUUCGAAAAGCAGUUCAAGCCAAGACACUGUUUUGACAGUUAAUGAUUUUGCAUCACAGCUCGGCCACGAGGAAGGUCUUGGAGGCAAUUUGAAUGUGCGGUCUGUCUCCACCAAUCAGAGUAAUGAAACCGAAACGGAGAAGGAGAAAUCUGCGGCGGAUUGGUCGGAUGGAAAUAAAUUGGCCAAUCAAGAGCAGGCUGAUUCAGAGGCGUUGAAAGGCGGUCUGAGAGGGUCGGAGGAGAGCAAAAGGACGCAAUUGAGGAAGGACGUCUGUAGUCCAGAUGUGGGUGACAAUCAUGGAUCUCAGUUCCCUAAGGCACGUGUGACAGUGGUGAGGACCAGUUUGUAAAAACAGUUCUUCAAGUCUUAAAACAUGCACAAGUAAAGAUGAUGGCUUAUUAUAACCGAAAUGUUCAGUGGGAGUUCAAGUAAGGUCUAAGGAGGCGUGAGUGUAAAAGAAAGUGAGACGGAUGGCAAAAAAGAUACAUUACACAGGAAAAAAGUUUAAUAAAUAGUUCAGUAUACUUGAAUGAGAAGCAAGAAACUAACUACUUACUAAAAAAAUAAACCACUGCUAUUCCACCUCUUGUGCUACAUCUUGAUAAAAUGCAUUUAUUAUAUUUGUUUGCAUUACGGAGUUUAAAGUAUCUUGAGUUGUUGUUCUGUAAUUAUUUCUAACAUCAUUUCUGUUUCAGGCUAAAAUAAAACGUACGAAUAAAACACCAUUUCAGAAAAAAGCAGUGUGGCUGUACGGCAUGAACAAAU